UAUCAUCAUCAUGAUCAUGCAUAUAAGGCACGAUUAGUGUGCAACUUCUCCAGUCAUUUCAACGUAACAAAAAUGGCUUCUCCUUAUACCUGUCUUCCACUUGUGUUCUUCAUACUACAUUUAAUAAUCUUCUUUCCUACUCCCACUAUAGCUGUGAACCACUACAGACCCUUCAACAACACAGUGCCGGCCGUUUUUGUGUUCGGAGAUUCCACCGUCGACCCCGGCAACAACAACUUCAUCGACACCGUCUCCCGCUGCGACUUCCCGCCGUACGGAAGAGACUUCGAUCCCAACCACACUCCCACCGGACGGUUUACCAACGGCCGCCUUGUUACCGAUUUUAUCGUUUCAUAUGCGGGAAUCAAAGACUACGUGCCGCCGUACUUGGACUCAAGUCUUAGCAUUGAGGAGCUGAUGAGCGGCGUCUCUUUCGCCUCCGGCGGCACCGGCUAUGACCCUUUUACUGCCCAAAUAAACGGAGGGGUGAUUCCUGUACUAAAUCAGCUGGAAUAUUUUCGUGAAUACAGAAGAAGAGUUGAAAAGGCUGUCGGAAAGGAAAAAACAGAAAUGCUUAUAAGAAACGCAGUAUUUCUUCUGAGUGCGGGCACAAAUGAUAUGCUCGCCAAUUAUUAUUUAACCCCAUUUCGCCGGCAAACGUAUAGUGUCCCACAAUACCACAACCUCAUGUUGCAGCUCACGGAGCAGUUUCUGCAGGGUUUAAUGAAGGAGGGGGCCCACACAAUCGCCGUGGUAGGAUUACCACCCAUUGGGUGCUUACCGAUUGCCAUCACAGCACUUUCCGACAACAUGCUCUCUAGCCGCCGCUGUGUCGAUAAAUACUCCGCCGUUGCAAGACAGUACAAUUCCAUGCUCCAAAACAAAUUGAAGGCCAUGCAAACUCCGUCCACCAGAAUUCUCUACGCCGAUAUCUACAACCCUUUGGAAGACAUUGCCAAAAAUCCCACAAAAUAUGGUUUCGAAGAAGCUGGACAAGGUUGUUGCGGGAGCGGGUAUUUCGAAUUUUCUAUUUUGUGCAAUCCCAAAUCUGUUGUGUGUCCAGAUGCCUCCAAAUAUGUAUUCUGGGAUGCAGUCCACCCCACUGAAGCCACGUACCAUAAAAUAUUUCAAUCUUUUAUCCCCUUGGUCAAUUCUUUUUUAAAGAGUUAAAGAUUUCAUAAAAAAAAAAAAAAAAAAAAAAAACAGGCCGGCCGGGAGCAUAUUAUGUUAAUUUCACUAAUUAAACAUCAAAUCUCUUCUCCCAAAAUAGGAGGAUGUAUACAAGUUUUUGUUUGUUUGGUUGGACUAUUUAUAUUUAGUGUACUCGAAUUUUACAUUUACCAAUAUAUCAUUAAUGUAUUUUAUCA